AUGGACUGGUCAAUAUUGUUGCUGUACAUAAUAGGCGGUGCACUGGUAGCCUUCUGGUUGCUAUGGAGAUACAAGAACAGGAGGAUGAUACAGAUGGCGAACAAGCUGCCAGGCCCGCCCACGCUGCCACUAUUAGGAAAUGCGCUGGUGUUCAUGAACCGGCCAGAAGAGAUACUGAACAAAUUAGGAGAACUCAUGGAGACGUACGGUGAUAUUUUUAGAUUCUGGCUGGGACCUGAACUUAAUAUUGUUGUGAAAAACCCAACAGAUGUCCGUGUUUUAUUGUCAAGUACCAAAGUGAAUCAGAAAGGGCCAGUAUAUGAUUUCUUACUACCAUUCAUCGGUGGUGGCAUUAUAUCAGGAGGACCGACCUGGCGCUUGCACAGGAAGAUAGCGAUUCCAACGUUCAGCAAGAAGGCCGUGGAGAACUUCUUUCCCGUCUUCAACAAGGAGUGUGAGGAGCUGGCCAAAGUCAUCAGCCAGAAGGGUCCGGCGACCUUCGAUUGCUACGUAGAUGUCCUCAGGAGCACCACGCAGAGCGUUAACCAAACCGUGAUGGGGCUAUCUAAAGAAGAUUCAGUAAACCUAACCAGAUUGGAAGAAUUUAUAUUUAAAACUCAUGACAUGUAUAAUCUUAUCUUUGACCAAAUGACAAAAUGGUGGUUACAUGUGCCGCCUAUUUACUGGUUGCUUGGCAAGAAGAAGCAGCAGGAUUAUUACUUGAAGAUGAUAGAUGACUUGACGGAAGACAUCGUGAGACGGAGGAAGAAAGCCUUGCAGGUGUCCGAGCCGAGUGAGGAGUGCAUGGGUGGUGUGGACAGAUUGAUCCUCUCUGGAGAGCUCACUCACAAGGAGAUCAAGGAGGAGACCGUGACAUUAUUUACUAGUAGUCAAGAGGUAGCCGCUAAAGUAGCAGCGGGAGUUCUCAUGUUCCUAGCUCACUUGCCGGAUUGGCAGGAUAAAGUAUACAAAGAGAUAAUAGAAGUAGUCGGAGCUGACGGUCCAGUUACCAACGAGCAACUGAAGCAGCUGGAGCACCUGGACAUGGUGUACAAGGAGACACUGCGGUAUUUCCCAAUAGGAGGGAUGAUACAGAGGACUGUGAUGGAAGAUAUUUCUAUUAGAGAUGAAAGUAUCACCCUCCCAGCUGGCACAUCGCUGGUGAUACCAAUCCACAACCUCCACCGCGACCCUCGCUACUGGGAGGACCCCAAUAAAGUGAUGCCGGAGAGGUUCCUCCCAGAAAACGUGAAGAAACGAGACCCUAAUGCCUUUGUACCUUUUGGUUUGGGACCUAUGGACUGUUUAGGUCGAGUUUAUGGAACGGCCCUCAUAAAGACGGUAGUGGUGUGGGUGCUGCGGUACGCCAAGUUGGAACCCGCCAUCUCCCUCGACAAUAUAAGGCUGAAUAUCGCUAUCUCUGUCACCAGCUACGAUGGUUAUAACAUUAAAGCCAGUCCUAGAAACGGGAGAAUAAAUGGACUGUCAUGA